CUUGUUGGUUUCAAUUUUGUUACCUUUUUCUUUAGAUAAAUGCCUCAAGCCUCCCCAAAGAUGUAUCACACCGAUUGAAAGAGGUUAAGCCACAUAAAGCAAUUGAGAAUGGAAGGGAAACAGAGCGAGGUUGUGUUGAUUGGGACAUGGCCCAGCGCGUAUUGCAAAAGGGUUGAAUUGGCCCUUAAACUUAAGGGCAUACCUUAUGAAUACAUAGAGGAAGACCUUGAAAACAAGAGUCGGCUGCUCCUCCAAUGCAAUCCUGUCCACAAGAAGGUGCCUGUGCUGGUGCACAAUGGUAAACCCAUUGCUGAAUCACUUGUUAUUCUUGAAUACAUCGACGAGCACUGGAGCAACACAGCUUCCAAACUCUUACCAGCGGAUCCCUACCUGAGAGCCAAAAUUCGCUUUUGGGCCAAUUAUCAUGACCAGAAGAUCAUGCCGGCUAUUUUGCCCAUCGUCCUGUCUGAGGGCAAUGAACGUGAGAAAGCCAUUGAAGACUACAAUGAAUUGCUCAAGGUGUUUGUCCAAGGUAUCGAGAAGGACCUUCCGACCAAGGCUCCUUUUCUAAAUGGCAACAGCCUCGGAUUUCUCGAUAUUAUCGUCGGGACGGUCGCAUGCAACUACCAAGCUUUUCAUGAAGCAGUUACUGUGAUUUUGGAACCAGCAAAAAACCCCACAUUUUUCUCAUGGGUAACUGCCAUGAAAGAACACCCUCUGGUUAAAGAGAUCCUACCACCUCAUGACGAGAUGGUUGCAAAGAUGAAAGAGAAGUAUUUCCAAGCUCCUAAAGCUUAAGAUUCAGAUAUAUAAAGAAGCCCAUCACUACCAACUUAUUGUGCUAAGAGUUGGGAGUGAAAAUAAUAAAAUUCAUACCAUAAAAUGUACCCUGUUUGCAUCUGAAAUAAAAUUCUAACGUAGUCUAUUUUCCGAACUUGAUGACCAAGUACUGAGAAAAAGACUGCCAUGAUGCCCAAAGAACAGUUUAGUUCAGAAACAGUUGAUACGUGCUCAGCACAAAUCAUUCUGCAAGAGCUCCCUUACCAUACAUGCCCGGUACUACUCCGAGUUAGCAGAAAGCAUUUCACCCAAGAAAAAGCCAGCAAGGUUUAUUUACAUAUGGCCUCUAU